AUGACUAUGGGGACCGAGUCUCCGAUUGAAUGGUCCGAUGCGCUUGAGAAAGACUUCGACAAAGCGUUUGUCGCUCUCGAUUUGCUGCUUGGCGAAAUCGAUAGUGAUCAGGUAGAGAUCACAUACGAAGGUCGCCAGAAAAUGACGUCGUUGAGCGCCAGCUUCGCACAGCUGAUGCAUAAAGCCCAAUCCAUGCAUCAUGCCAUAGCCCGAUAUGAGAAAGAGAUGGCUGUUUUACGACGAAAUUUAACUGAGGUUCGAGCUAAUCGUGACGCUAUGGAGAAAGAAAUGCAACAGCUUAUGCUACAGGUUCACCGUCUUCAGUGUGAACUACACGCGAAAACCGCACCACAUGAGUCCGACAUGAUCAAGAAAAAGCUUGACAGCCAAAUCGGACAACUUCACGAAAUGUUAAUGCCAUCGUUACGUACCGAAUGCGAAUUGGACGUACUUCGGAAGGAGUGCGUUCGUCAACGGAAUCUGAUCGGAGCGCUCGAGAAUGAGGUGUUCGGUGCACGCCUGGCAGCCAAAUACCUGGACAAGGAACUAGCUGGUAGAAUCCAGCAGAUCCAGUUGCUCGGACGGAACAUGCGUGGUGUGGAACACGAUCGACUGUGGAAUCAACUAGAGGCCGAGAUUCAUCUACAUCGGCACAAGACCGUGAUUAGAGCUUGUCGAGGCAGAGGUCAAACGAAAGGUUUGCCAACCCCACCGAUUAACAACUGUAACCAAACGAGCAAGAGGAAGAGAGGAGUCGGUGAGACGAGGAAGGUACUAAUGGCGAAGGAACCACAUGAAGGGCUUGGGAUUUCCAUUACGGGUGGCGCAGAACACGCGCUUCCGAUUGUAAUCUCCGAAAUUCAACCUGGACAACCGGCUCAUCGAUGUGGGCAAAUCUUCGUCGGUGAUGCGAUUUUGUCUGUGAAUGGUUUCGAUCUUCGUAAUGCUAAGCAUCAGCAAGCCGUCGAUAUUCUGAGCUCUCAGCACGGUGAUCUUGAAAUGGAAGUGGUGUACGUGGCACCAGAAGAAGAUUCCGAUGAUGACGGAACUGUGCUCAUAGAGGAUGCCGACGGGCGGAUGUGA